AUGUCAUUGCUCCAACUAGACACCGCCAGUGCUACUACUGCCACUUGCUCCCCCAUUUCUUCGCCCCUCACACCCUCCACAUCUUCAGAUAACAUUACGCCCCGGAGCUAUUUUCACACGCAUCGACGCUCCGCUUCAUACUUCUACGGUCUGGAACCUCCAAUACCUGCGGAUACACCAGUGGACUUUCAAAUAAAACACUCUUCGCCGUUUCCACAUACUCCUGUCACCACAUCCCGUCCCUUUCUACGAAAAGACCAUAGCAUGGAUGUCUCCAAAGUCCUGCAGCUGCAAACCGCAGCUGCAUACCAACCGAACACAUCAAACUCCGGUGCUUCGACCUCCUCUAAGACCUCUUUGAACCCUGUUCACACUCAACCCACUAUACCUAUUAGAUGCUCAAGAUGCCAUCAGCAAUCAAUCUUCAGCUCCACACGCGGCAUGAUCAAUUACGGCUCGAAUCUAUACUACUGUAUACGAUGUGCCGACAUCGUCGGAUACGGCGGAUGA